AUCGUUUUCUACCCAAAAAUAGGUAGCUGCUGAAUAGCAUGUAGCGUUUAUUUGUUUCUCUUGCGCCGGUAUGAUUGAGUGUUUGAGCUUUUUAAAGUUAAAUCUUCAAUUUUAUGGUGAGCAAUUGGCAGGUUUCUUGUGACAGACUUUUAAUAACACUGGUUUUGAGAUUUUACAUGAUAAUUAUUAAUUGAAGAUCAAAACAACUCACAUAUAAAUUGACGAUGUCGAAUAUUGCUCAGCAGCACGAUCUAGUGAAAAACAGCCUCUUUCAGUUUAUUAAUACGCACAUUCCUGGAGCUGAUUUGGGUAUCGUAGACGAUAUUGUAUUGUCCUAUGUAACAUCAAUCUUAGAGGAAGCUUCUCAAGAUCCGUGUUUCGAUGUUGAAGGUUUCAUCGAAAUGAUGUCUGCUUAUUUCAAUGAUUUCGCCAAUAUUGAAUCUUCAAUUGUUUGUACAUGGAUAUUUCAACUAGAGAAUCAAUUGUCUAAAAAAGAUAGCGACAACUGCGAUGCACAGUGUUUAUCUAUAAACUCACUGAGUCUUGCUGAUAUAUUACCAGAAGAAAAACUACUUGGCCGUCAAGCUUCUAUAUCUGAAUUGGAAAGUGCAUAUGGCGGAGGACAACCUAAGCGUGUUCAACAUUUGUCCGAAACUAGUGACGCCGGUUCGACGGACAGUUCCAACUGUGAUCUUUUUAAUGAAGAGUGUGAAGUUUUGCAAGAGAUGUUUCCAGAAAGCUCAAUCAUUGAGGUAAAACAUUGUAUUCUUAUCGCUAAUGGAGAUGUAGAUCGUGCAACCCAAAUUUUACUUCAUCGACAAGAAGCUGGACAAAGCCUGAAGAGUAAUUCUAACAAUUUGCAAGGCAAUAAAGUACUUCCUCAAAUUGACGAAACUGAGCUUAAAAAUAGGAUCAUUUCCAGAUAUUCGUAUGUUGACAAAGAAGAUCAUCGAGAGUAUAAACCGGUCGCACCGAAAGUGGAACCGAAAAAAUUAAUUCGUUACAGAGACAAUAAGAUUGUAUCACUUAAAGGCGAACGUUAUACUGAAGUUUCGCGUCGUGGAGGGGAUGAGGAAACAGAGCUCAAAAAGCCGAAAAAACAGAUUUGUCCGUAACUAAAAUGGAUACUGCUGCUGAUGCUGUCCACGUGUACUGCAAUAGUUUUAAAAUAUAGUUGUAGUUACGAUUUGCGACAGAAACAUCAAUUUCAACGACUUAUAUUUGUCGUAACUGUAGUAAUCAUUCCCACCAUAAUUUUUCUCAAACCCUGUAAUCAAUUUAAUAGUGGUAAAAACCACCAGCAGCAAAAGCAAAAUAAUUUGGAGACUAGUAAUUGUAUUUUGAGUGCGCAAUACUCUUACUCAAGAGUACAUACGCUAAUUAAACCUGAAUGUCCAUUUAUGCGUGAUAUGUUAUUAGAAAGUAGUAAACUAAACGUACUAAUGCCACCUUCGAAUGUUCUUUACACUCCGUUGGUUCUCGGAACUAUUAUUAUGCCUGAAAGACUUUACUUAAACAAUAUAUUUUUUACGUAUUCCAUCAUUUAUUUUAUUUUUUUAUCCAGUCAAAGAGAGCAAGUAAUCUCAUUUUACUUUUUCUACAGUACUAGGUUUAUAAGUUCCUUUGUAAGUUUUCAUAAUUUACAUAUAUUAUUUAUUCUAAUAACAUUUUUGGUACUUAGUUUAUACUUUGUAAUUGUUAGCUUUAAGUAUUUUUUACCAAACCGUUUUCUUAUUCUUUGUCGUUCACGAAUACACGAAUGCACUCUUAGGUUUUGCUCAUAAUCCUGAUUUUAUCCGAAACUCGAUGUCUUAUUUAUAAUACCUCAAACAUUAAUUUAGUUUAUUUCAAAAGAAACAAAUAAAUACAUACUGCUGAGCGCUGUUAUACUUGUCA